GGUGAAAUGUAAACAUACAAAUGAUCUCUCUUGGAAAUUUGUUUAAUGUAAUAGUUUUGAAGCCAUUCGCUAAGCAAUAUUUUUGAAUGGAAGACUAUGAAAAGUUCAUACAACGCCGACUUUACGAACUGAAAAGGAAGGAUAGCAACGACGACAACAAGAACCAACGCCGGACACUGGAAUCACCAUGUACUCGCCACGGAUCGUCAGCUAUCCGUUUCCAUGGCUCACCCAUCCUUCCUCCAUUGCUCACAGGAGUGCAAAGAGAAGAGAUGCAGAGACACAGAGAGGCAGCCAAGAGGACGAUGGAUCGGAGGAAGACUCAGCCCUCUGAGACGAGGAUGUUCUACGUUCAGAACAUUCUACACAGUGUUCAGCUGAGGCAAGCACCAACACUGGAGGAGUUCUUUCAGGGUGAACCAGGACUAACGGCAGCCAAAACCACCAACCUACACCACAACAAUGUCCGCCAGGUUCUAGCGUCGCAGGAUGAUGAUGUCACCGAGACCAAGGACAGCUUGCCGGGGUCGUCCUCCCCACCAACCUUAACCGCCAUGCGUGAUGGGAAAGCCGGCAUCCUCGUCCGAGGUCCUCCCAUGACGUCGACAGCCUACGGCGCCUUCACAACAAAUCACCUUACAACUCUCCAUAACACCACCACUGUGAGGGAGACCUUCCUAGAUAAGCUGGUCUGUGACCCACUGACACCUUCUCUAGCUAGAGAGACAACCACACACACCAACCAGGUUGCUCCACAAACAGAGACCUGGACCAGGGAGAGACUCUUGUAUGACCAGGAUAAGACCACCAAUGCUGAGUGUGUUCUGGAGGAGGACCUUGGUUCAGGAGAAGCAAGGGUGGAUCCUCUAGCUGACAUAAGCCACCAGUCUUCUGGGUACGUGACGUGUGAAAACGCGGAGGCCACCUGGGUCCUGAGUCGGACUGAGGCUGGGGAGAGCAUUUUGUCAGGGCCCGAGGAGGGGACACCAGUUGGAACAGGGAGGUUUCUCCUACACAGCACCUCUGAUACAAACACAACCAAGGCAUGUAAUAUCAUCAGCCAUCCUCCCAUUGAUGCUGAAGAUCUGGAGGAGGGGUCGUCCCCGUGUGACGAUGACCUCAUAACCGGUCGUCCCGCAGAUGAGGCGAGCGUGACGUCGUCCUGGUGUAAUGACGUCAUACCAGACUAUUUAGAGGACGCGUUGGUGAAGAUGCCUCUACAGAGCAGAGAUAUCACACCUCCUGUAGAAGACCGCAGAGCAAGUCACCCAGGAAAGAAGUGUAGCACUGCUAAUAUUGUGACUUUCCCCCAGCAUCAAGCCUCAUCAUCACUAUCAGACCGUCCUGAACCCAAGAUUGUAGUGACAUGUCCUCAGGCUGAGGCCUCGACACCGGACCUCUGCAAACCAGAUCAGAACCAGAACCAGGCGUCAGACUUAGACCUGGACCGACCGCAGGGACCAUACCGGCUCAGCCUCCAGACUCUUCUAAAGAAAUCCCAGGCCGCUUUGGAACGCCCCAAACCAGGCAGGAACCAGCCAGGAUCAGAACCAAAGAGCCAGGCUAGAGAUGUAGACUUGGACCCGGAACCAGUGGCAGGGCCGUACCGCCUCAGCCUCCAGACCCUGCUGAAGAAGUCCCAGGAGCACCGGAGACGCCAGCGUCAGCUGAAGAACCAGGCCAAGGCCUCCACUUGUCCUACCAGGACCCAGGAGGCCUCGACACACCAGAAGAUGGAGGAGGAGAUCAGUUUCUCAGACAAGGAGAAUGAGGAGUUCCUGCAGUCAGGGAGAGUGUUGGCGGAGGGAAGGAAAACCCGGGACAGGGAUUGGAGAAAGGAUCAUCUGGGAAUGGGAGUCCAGUUUUCCGGACCACCACCACUAGAGAUAUUCCCUAAGGAAGCGUGGGUUCAAUGUGAGGAGGAGAAGGCGAGGUCUAGCAUUGUGGAAAGAAUGGGACUCGAAAAAGGAUGUCGUGAAGGAAUAUUGGAGGAAUUGGAGGCUGGAAAUGGCCCUUCACAUUUGGUUGGUCAAGAAGGAGACACCCAAUCUCCUCCAGGAGUGGACAUUGAUGCUGGCUCGGCAGUAGAAGACAUCCAGCUACACCUCUCACCAGACGUCACAGCAGCACCGUCAACGCUAAUGGAGAACCUUCCACAUCCUAUCUCAGCCGAUGCCUCCAUAACCCAGAAAUCAUUCUACCUAGUCAGGGAGAAGAGUUCUACCUUGCCGAGGCCUUCCUCUCUGGGGGGUAGUAGGUUCCAGACCGUCCCUACCCCCCAGUUUAGUAUGAGCCCUAUCCGCUGUAAGAGUAAAGGAGACAGAGGGGGAGGAGGGCGUGGCACCCCCAAGAGGCAGAUCCUGGUAAACUCACCUUUGAAUGUAGACAACGAGGUAGGGUCGGUGACUGGGCAGGAAAAUGUUGCUUGGGACCAAAGGCAUCUGCAUAGAGCGCCCCUAGUGGCUGGGGGUGGUAUAUCACAAGGCUUUACUGCUCCUACAACUCCCCUAGUGGCUGGGGGUGGUACAACACCUAUGCGUAGGAGCUCAGACCAGGCAGAACAGAUAGCUCAGCUGGAGCUCAACCUGUCCAGCCUCAAAAUACUGAUCUCAGACCUGGAGUCCACACUAACAGAGACACCAGAGAGCCAGCAGACACACAACAACAGCCAGACUGAUAAUAGUAGUAACCUUACCAUGGACCCGCCACAUAAAUACAUGGACUACCAUGCACCUGAGAGUCAGGCAGAGAGUAACCUUACUGACAGUGAGAAAGGAAGAGGGGAUGGAGGUCAGAGGUCAGCUGAUAAGAUGACGGUGGUCCCCUGUAGAGUCCAGGGGUGUGACAGCGUACCUCCAUUGGUCAAGGAGGUGGAGAUCACUGUUACAACAGGUUACAAAAAACAAGAUGGUCGCCAGCAGCAGCCUCUUGCAGCGCGCCUCUCACCUCCCUCACUCAGAAGAGGAGAGUUUCUGACGUGUUCCGGAAGGUUCCAUAUGAUGUCAUCAAGGUUCCGUCGGAAGUCAUCAAGGUUCCGUCGGAAUGACAUCAAGGUUCGGAAUGACGUCGUCAAGAUUCCAGCAUCACACAAAACACCUUUCUCCGUCCUCUCUGACGCCAGUAACAACCAGCACCGGCCAAUGGAGUGCAAGAGUUAUCCGGAGGACCCCGACCACUUCCAAUCCAUCAACCAAUCGUAUGACGUGGACACGCCCUCAGGGCUCUGGCUCCAGGGAGGGUCAGGGUCAGAGGGGUCGUUGAAAGGUCAUGACUCCGCGGGGAAGCAGCUGACCCCUGAGAACGGAGGUGGUGGUCAGGGAGGGGCGUCAAGGGCCAAACGUAGACUGGUCAUGCACACGACAGAGGGGAACAGGGGAGGAGGAGAGGUGAUGGACAGGCCUCACUCCAGUACUCCUGAAGCUGCGGUGUGGUCACACAGUCAGGAGAGCCAGCAGCUGAAGCAGCUCCAGCUGACCCAUGCAGGCCAGGUCAGAGCCCUGAAGGAGGAGCAGAGGAGACAGCAGCAACAACUACUGCAGAUGCUGGCCGUACGUUACCAGCUACUCCAGAGUUUGUCCUUCCCUGUGUCCUCCUGCCCCACAUCCAGCGCAUGUCUAGGGGACACCACAACCUCCCUCCUCCCCCUCUCCUCCAUCCCCCUCUCUUCCCUCCCCCUCUCUUCCAUCCCCCUCUCUUCCCUCCCCCUCUCUUCCAUCCCCCUCUCCUCCUCCCCCUCUCCUCAUCCCCCUCUCCUCCUCCCCCUCUCUUCCAUCCCCCUCUCCAUCCCUCUAUUCUCCCCCUCAGCAGGAUCCCUCCUGUCAGACCCAGACUCCCCCUCACGGUCUCCCAGGUGUCUGUCUGUGUGUUACGGUCCCCUGGUGGCAGCAGCAGUGAAGGGAUACCUAACCAGGAGGCUCCUACACACAGAGAGAGUGGGACAGCUGCUAUGUACCAUCAAGGACACGCAGCAGUUCCUACAGUCCUUCCAGCCCCAGAGCCCUGGGAGAGACAGCAGGCAAGACCUGGUGCUGCAGGAGAGAGUCACACUGCAGCUCCGCUCGGCGCGUUAUGAGGUCCAGGACAUCUUCUGUCUGUCAGCAGGAGACAGGAUGCAGAUCAUCAGCUGGGACAGACAGCUGGCCAGGGACAGGGAGAUGAAACGCAAGACUGGUGAAACGGGGUCGACCAGGGGGAAGAGUUCUCUGUCAGCUGCUACACAGAAAGCCCUGGAGAGGAAGAGAGGAGUCAUGAUGAGGAAAACAGCAGAGAGGCAGAGGGGGACUGGAGCUGGGGUUGUAGCUGGCCAGAAGGGCCCUCUGGCUGGGGCAGAGGGGGAGAGGGGGACUGGAGCUGGGGUUGUAGCUGGUCAGAAGGGCCCUCUGGCUGGGGCAGAGAGGCAGAGGGGGGCUGGGGUUGUAGCUGGUCAGAAGGGCCCUCUGGCUGGGGCAGAGGGGGACGUCGUGAAGCGGAUGCGUGGGUCUUUUCGACCCAACCCUCAAAGGGUCCCCAAGACCACCCAGUCCCGCAGAUCUCGGUGAAGAUGAUCUACUUAUCAGGCUAGACUGGACCGGAACUGGGUUGUGUUCAUUUUGGCACAGUGUUGUAGCAAAACGUUUUGCACAGGAGAACGAAAACGAGUGUUUCUUAUUGGACAAGUUCAGGGUCAAAUUCAUUAGUGAAAAUGUUUUGGAAAACGACAACAAGCGUUUCUUAUUGGACAAAUUCAGGGUCAUAUUCAUUAGUGGACAUUUUAUGGAAAACGAAAACAAGCGUUUCUUAUUGGACAAGUUCAGGUAGUCCCUCCCUUGACCCAGAUAAUGAAUACUGUUGAUACCUAAAAAGAUAUACACACACAAUCCAUCUCACUUAACCCUAAAACAAUACGCCCCUAUGGGCCCUGGUCAAAAGUAGUGCACUACAAAGGGUUGCCAUUUGGGACGCUUCCAUAGAGUUUCUUGCUAACCAGUGGACAUCUGGAAAGUAUUGUAUUUGAACUUGAUUGUAUUCUACAAAGGCACAACUCACUGCAUUCAAAUGCAUCUUAGCUACUACAUACUGUAUGUGACAAUCUAUUCUUACCACAAGACCUCAGGACUUGUUUUUGGACACACUGUUUGUAAUAUGUUAGUUUUACACGUUUUAUACUAUUUAUAUUUCCUAUACCAAUUUGUGGUACAGUAUUGGGAUGGCAAUGCAACCAAAGCCCAGAAAACCCAAGUCUAUAUUUGAAGGUCUGUUCUGAGUGUUCAUCUUUCCUACUGUUUUUGUUCUAAAUUAUUUAGAAGUGUUUUUUAAUAAAUGUUUUUUAAUAAAAAAUGUACUUGU